CCUUAUCACAUGACGUUGUUUCAACAUGGCGGACCAGGUCACCAGCACGGAAUCCAACGCUAUAUACCAUGAAGUUCCUCCAACAAUUACCUUCCUUCUCCGGUUCUGUAACGUAAUAAUGGCGCUGAUGAUAGUGAUAUCGUUUACCAUGUGCCUGGUAGAAGGACACCGAAACCAAACAUUUUACUUACUGGCCUGCAACACUGUUAUAAGCGCGCUCGUUGGAGUAGUUGUGAACUGGUGGUACAGAGGAGGCGACUUGGGUUCAGAUAAAUACUGGUAUAUUUUCAUUGUGGCUGCCGUGAUAACAUUCCAGUGUAUAACAACAGACGUAUACCUUUUCAAAUCCACACCAACUGACGACACGAAUAUCCACCCGGCUUCUGUAAGGACAACACCCAGACCAAUUAACAGAUCUACGAUUACAGCUGCCACAAUACAGAGCCUGUUCGACUUCAACACACCCAACCCCUUGUCUAAGACAUGAACUUGGUGUUUUCUUGGACAUGAUCUCUGUAUAUCUAGAGCGGGUUUACGGGCUUCAGUAACAUUCCCUCUCCAUAAACUUUAGUCAUCACCCACGAACCUAAAUGAUCAACUACUCCAUUAUCACAGCCAAAACCUUGACAAAUCAAUCAUUUCAACGCCAAAGUCAUCGCAAACGACUAACCAACCUGUCCAUACCUAUAUCCAUUACCGUUACAGGGCAAACUGUCCAUACCUAUAUCCAUUACCGUUACAAGGCAAACUGUCCAUUCCUAUAUCCAUUACCGUUACAAGGCAACCUGUCCGUACCUAUAUCCAUUCCCGUUACAAGGCAACCUGUCCAUACCUAUAUCCAUUACCGUUUCAAGGCAACCUGUCCAUACCUAUAUCCAUUACCCUUACAAGGCAACCUGUCCAUACCUAUAUCCAUUACCGUUACAAGGCAACCUGUCCAUCUCCACAGCAAACACCCUGACUAGCAAACCAGUUUAGCGCCGAAGUCAUCGCGACGGGCUAGCCAAUAGUCUACACCUACAGCCAUUAGUCCGAUGCAACUAGUUCAUAGCUGCAAUAAUCGGCCUGAAUAUGCAACCAGUCCGUCUCCAGAGCUAACAACCUGAUAAACAAACCACUUCAGAACCAACGCCAUUGCACCUACCUUGUCAACCUGUCCAUAAAUAAAGCCAUUGCACCUACCUUGUCAACCUGGUGUCCAUAACUAAAGCCAACAACCAUACAAGUAACAAGUGCAUCUCCACAGUCAACGUGAUGACUAGCAAAACAGUUCACUUCAACAGCCAUAAUCAAACAAGUCCAGUCAACUAGCCCAUAUCUAAAGUCAUCGCCCCUGAAUAACAACCUGGCUAUCCAUCCUGUCCGUCUCCCAGACUAGCAAACCAGUUCAUCUCCACAGCAAUUGACAUUCAAUAACCAACAAGUCCAUAACCACAGCCAAUAUAUUAACCAGUCAAAAAAGUUUGUCACCACUAGUUAACAGAGCAAACACCCUGGCUAUCUAACCAGUCAGCCUCCACAACCAACCAAUCUGACCUAUCAAAAAUUCAAAAACCACGAGCAGCAUCCUGGCUAGCCAUCCUAUCCACCUCCACCAAUAAGCUACCCCUACAGAAAUGAGAGGUAUCUACCAAAUAUUUGUGGCAAUGUUGCAGUAACCAUUUGCUGCAAAUUUACUGCAAAGAAUUUUUGGUGAUGAACAGGUUCUUGCAACUUUGGCACAAAGUUGAUGCAAACAAAAGUUGCUUGCAGAAAUUUGCAGCAAUGUCAUAAAUGUUUGCAGCUAGCUGCAAGAACCUGUAAACUUCUUGGAAAACAAAAUGGUUUGCCACAAAUUUGCUUCCAACUUAACUUUUCUGUAAAGGUAUCUUUUCUAUAACCAUAGUCAUCACCAUGGCAAUCAAUACACCUCCACAACCACCGUCAUACAGCCAUCACAGUGAUAAAUAAACAGGUCUACGAUCUGUCAAUUGAGUCCCUGGUGGAGUUCUUUAAUGCCUUGCCCUUCCACUAAGACAUACCAAGCAGCUAAAAUAACAUUACAUUUCUGUACGAGUUUUGUUUGUUUUAUUGUGCUUUUUAAAAGUUUCUCAGUCAAAUGCUUUCUACAUCGCCCACACCAGGAAUUCGGUUUUUGGAUUGGCGACACCUCCGGAUUCCCAGUCCUUGCUGUGAACGUUUAUUUCUUAGUGUCAUAAUAAUUCAAUAUUUCAACUCUUAUUUGUCUCACUACAUGUAUAAAUGUACAAAUAUAAUUUCCUUUUGAAGGUUUCUUGGGUUGGUUGUAUAAAUGUUAUUAAAUAAUUUACAGAAAACAACUGAGCUGAUUUUUAGAAUUUAAUUUUGUCCAUUACAUUGUACAACUUAAAAAUCAUUUAUUUCAUUGAUAACUUUUGAAAAAUGACUGGUAUUAACUAUUUUAGUCUUUUACACAUCUGCAUUAAAUAUAUUUGUGGGAAUUAUUUAUCAUAAUUUAUAAAAACAAAAUGCGAUUUUUUUUGUAUAGUUUGUGCAAUAUAGCACUGUAUAAAGCCAGUUUCCUCUUGGUCCCCUGCGUGCAUCAGAGGGCAGGUAACAGUAAGUUCUAAAUUCGGAUUUUCAAGAGAUCUGUAGACAAAUUGAAAAAGAUGUUUAGAUCCCAUCAUGACAAAGCUGUGCUACUUAUAUCCUGAUUGUGUUCUUAUUAACAAACUGUAUUAGUUUAUUCAACAAAUGUGCAAUAAUAUCAAUUUACCAAGAGGAUAUGUAAUACAAAUAUCUUUUAUCAUCAUCAUCAUCAUGAAAUCAUCAUCAUCAUCAUCAUCAUCUUGAACAGAAACGUUAGUUAACUCCUACACAUGUGCUGCUCCAGUGACAUAGAUUGUAAAUCUUUUUAAUAUUAAUGAAUUUGAAUAUUUCUUUAGUCGUAUGAAAUAUACUACCUAAUGUUAAAAUCCAGAUCAAAGGAGGAUCAUGAAAAAAAAAGAUCCAUUAGAACAUAUGAAGACAAAGCACUGUUAAUAAUUUUUACUAUUCUGUAUUUAAUACAUGUAAUUUAUUUCAUUAAAUGUUAAAUACAAAAGUU